AUGUCUGAUGCAGCUAACGAGGAUGUCAAGUUCUCGUUGAAAGUGAUGGUCAAUAAAGAUAAAACCAAGGUACUCUUUGCAGAAGCCGACCCCCAUUUUGUAGACAUUUUGUUAAGCUUCUUGACUUUGCCGUUGGGAAGAAUUAUCGAAUUCUUCGACAACCACUAUAAAGGUGAAGAGACACCCAGCAUUGGAAGCUUAACCAAUUUUUCUCGCAGCUUAGACAAUCUCGCUGAUGCCCAUUUUGUGACGGAGGAUGCUCAGCAGGCUCUGCUCUAUGUAAACAGUUCAUUCGAAGAUGCAUACAAAUGUCUGAAACUGGACAUCUCUAAUUCUCAGUCUGCCAAGUAUUUCUGUUGUUUCUUAACCUCUCAUGGAAGUAUUCCUUGUGUGAGCAUAUACUAUGAUAAUCUCACUUGCAAAGUCUGUGGCAAUACGAUGAGAAAAGAAGCAGCUGAAAGGCCGUCUAUAGCUGCAUCGAGUGAUGGAGUGUUCGUUAAAAGUAAAGCAUCUUUCACAAUCUCCGGUGAUCUGCAAAUAUUUCCAAAUGAAAUUGGGCUCCUGUCAUUCAUCACCCUUCUUGGCAUCACAGACGCGCAUGAGGCGCAGGAAAUCCAAGUGUCGUUUGGGUUCAAUGAGAUAAUGGACUUGUUGAAGGCAUCAUUGACGUCACCAACUCCAUUGUCGGACCUCAUCCUACGUAAAAAAACAAAGAGUUCAACUGCAGCUAUUUCAAUGCAUGAAAUUGUGAACGAGAUAAACCCCAGGUGUAGGAAUCUAAGUUUGAAAUUGAUGAUACGAAAAUCCACCGGUGAGCUUUUGUACGCUCAAGCUCAGGAAGAUUUCGUCGAGUUUCUAUCCGGUUUGCUCACCAUUCCACUAGGAGGAUUGGAGCAUCUUCAAGCCGGCAAGUCUUGUUUUAAGGCGAUAAACAACUUGUACCGGAGCACGGCUGAACUAGACGACAAGUAUUUCAAGACCUCGGAGACGAAGAAGAGGCUAAUGAAUCCCCAUUUGCCUCAUGGUUGCAUCUCCCCAAACCAGAUUCUUCCCCUCACUGAAGAAUGCUUGCCUGCUGAGUACAUUGAUGAUCUCUCGCUCUUUUCUUCGGUUGCGUUUCCUGAAGGCCAGGGAAGAUAUCUCGAGCGACCAACAACUUAUUUGGUGAGCGAUAAUUUGACUGUGACUCCUUAUUUUACUGCUUCUGCUCUUUGCCGUAUGAAUAAGGAGAAGAUUCCGAUAUCUGAUGUUGAAGAAAUGCAGCUGCAAAUUGGAUUGAAAGAGGCUUUGAGCAUACUGAAAGCUUCUCUUACAUCCACCACUACAGCUCUCUCCGAUGCUCUGCUCAAUGCUUACCCAUCGCACAAACGACAAAAGAAAUAA